AUGCCGUUUUCCGCCUCAAUCUCAUCGCCAUCUUCUCUCGCGCUCCGAACUCGAUCGCCUCUCUCCUUCUUCCUCUUCACUCCCAAAACCCUGAUCUUCUCCAGAACCAGGAUCCCUGAUUUUCCUUCUUCCCUUUUUGCUUCCCGGCGACCCCGCAACGGGAGGGAUGAUUUCGUCGACGAUACGCGGAGCUGGAACGGGAAGAUCAGACCGGAGUAUAGGUUCGAUGAGGAUUACGAAGGGGAAGAAGACGAAGACGAUCAGGAGGAAGAAGAUCGAAGCUUGGAUCUGCUGCUCAGAUUUGUCGAGAAUGUCUUCAGGAAGGUUUCCAAGAGAGCAAGGAAAGCCGUCCGAUCAAUUUUGCCUGUUUCCAUCUCUACCAAGCUCGUGGGUUUCUCAGUGAACGGCGUACUUAUACUUGCAUUUUUGUGGAUCUUGAAGGCCUUUCUCGAGGUGGCUUGCACGCUUGGAACUAUAGUAUUUACGAGCAUUCUAUUUAUACGGGGGCUAUGGGCCGGUGUAGCAUACGUACAAGAAAGCCGCAACAACAGGAUCAAUGAACUCGGUGAUGACCCGCGUGCAUGGAACGGGGUGCAACCAGUUUAG